UUUUUUUUUUCAUACAUGUAUAUUUUUAUUUAUAAAUAAAUUGUCCCUUUUUUUUUUUUUCUUCUUUCUUUAACCUUCUUUCCUUCCUUCCUUUCUUUCUUUACAUAUAGACUUUUUUUGUACAUACAUGUUUGAAUUAAACUUUAAUAAAGAUAAACUAACACAAGAACAAUUAAAAGAAAUAGAAAAGAAUUUUAAACAAAGUUUGAACACAAUAAAAGAAAAGAUAACACUAGAAUUUAACGUGUUGUUAUUAAAAAGUCGCACAGACCUUUUCGCUCAUGUUUUAAGUCUAUUUGUUCAAUGUGAUGUACAUAAAGUGCUCCAAGUUACUAUUUCCCAACUAUUAGAUUUCUUGAUCGAUGUUGCAUCUAAUUAUACAGAAGCACCUUAUCAUAACUUUUAUCACGCUGUUGAUAUAGUCACUGUCUUGUAUUAUUUUUAUCAUCAUCUCCAAGCAGAUCAUUAUUUAACCGAUGUAGAUAAAGUAUUUUUAAUGAUUGCUGCUAUAUGUCAUGAUAUAGGCCAUCCCGGAUUCGGUAAUUCUUUUCAAGUCAAUACAAAUACUGAAUUAGCUAAACGCUACGGACACACAUCUACACUUGAAACAUAUUCUGUAGAAUUAACAAAAGAAUUAAUAGAGAAACAUAAAUUUAAUGCAUAUCAUUUAGAAAUGAAUCAAAUGAUUGAAAAAUUUAUUUUAUCAACCGACAUGAUCUAUCACACAAAAUUAACUCAACAAAUGAAUCAACUCACUACAAAUUUAACAUCCAUUAUCAAUCGAAAAAGAAAGCUUGACUCUAUAGAACCCAUCUCUACUUUAGUAAACAAAGAAGAUAGACAAAGCUUAUGUUGUAUUUUAUUACAUGCUGCUGAUAUUAGUAACAUGGCACGGCCUUAUGCUGUCUCUCAGCAAUGGUCAAAUCAGAUUGUGAAAGAAUUUUAUUCUCAGGGAGACGAAGAAAAGAAGAGAAAAAUGAAGAUUUCACCAGGAAUGGAUCGUGAAUCAUGUUCUCAAAGAUCUAUUAGUUUAAAAUUCCAAGAAACCAUCCUUCCAUACUUUAAAUCCUUAGUCUCCUUAUUACCCAAAUCUCAACUCUUGGUGACUUGUCUUGAAGAAAAUCGUACCUAUUGGGAGUCUAAUACAAUUGAAUCUAUUCAUCAUUCCACCAACAAUACCACUCUUCUUUCUCCUCCUCCUUCUUCUUCUUUAUCCACCACCAUCAACACAGCCACAAUUGUUACUUAUAAACGAAUUAGAUUACGAUAUAGAAGUCAAAGUUACCCCACUGUAUUAUACAAUAAGCAUUUUAUUAUAGAAAAGACCAAUUUACUUCCUUUAGUUCAUUUUAAAUCCUCUUUAUUACAUGAUACAACAAUGAAAAAUAAUGUAGAAUCUAUUGUACUUUAUCACCCAUAUGAUAUAUAAUAAAAUUAAUUUUAUUUAUUACAACGUAAAACAGAGCAAAUUUUUUAUUAUUUAUUACUUAAAUCAACGUCAAUAAUAAUAAUAAUAAAAGAAAAGAAAAGUUUUCUAAUCGUAACUUUCUUUUAUUAAAAAAAAAAAAAA